AUGGGUUGCGGUAAAACGUUUCUGGUGUCUUAUGCAGCAAAACAGCUGAAUUUGCCGUUGAGGACCAUGCAGAUGGGAGAUCAAGUUGACUCCAAGAGCUUAUUCGGAUCAUAUCUCUGCACUGAAGCAGCGGGACAGUUCUUGUGGAAGCCGUCUAGUUUUAGCGAAGUUUGUUUCUACUUUUAA